AUGGCUCGCGACGCUUCGAAAAAGGCAUUUGAUAUCAGCAGCCUCAUGUCACCUCCCGAACCCGUUCCUUUCGACAGCUUCAGCUCAGGCCAACACAAUGCGUCGUCCGUCUCUGGUGCCCACAGGGGUCAUGAGGCGACCAAGCCCAGUAUGCCCAUGUCACCUCCUGUCUCGCCCUAUAUCGCCGAGUCCGCCAACCCUCCUGUGCCCGACACUCCUGCGAGCAUGAGCAUGGCCAAGGACCCGAUCUUGUAUCCUCGCGACGACACGGCCUCGAGCCCGACCCAGCCACCGCUGUUCCCCACCACCGAGACAAUUGAGCAUCGGCGCAUCGUCGACGAGCAUAUCGGUGCGCGGCCUCCAGGUCUAUUUCGCGAAGGAUCUCCUCCGCAAAGAGAAGAUUAUGAGCUAGCCCUUCAACUCCAGUCUCACGUCAUGAAACUUUUCGAGGGCAACAGGAAGUCGUGGUUCGAGAAGGAACGCGAUCAAGUCAGGGCUGAUCGAAAGUUGAACAGCGCCCGUUGGAACAGUAUCGUGCGAUACCAAAACAUUGCCCCCGCCAAGUCUGCGCCGACCAAGAGUUCGAAGCCCGUCUCAGCCAGGCCAAAGGCUACCUCGUCUGCCAACCCCAAGGCCGAUAGAGUCGCCAAGCCUUCUCAGGCCCCUCGGCCUGUGCGCACCAGCCCUCCCACGAGGCAUGUUCGUCGUGUCAGUGCCACCCCGGAUCCUGCUCGUCGCGUUGUCGCACCCAACAGAGAGGAUCGCGAUUUUGGCGCACUACCUGAAUACUGCCCGCCGGCAUCUUCUCUUCCCGACAAGCCCAACUGCUUGAAGGUUGACUGGAAGGGCGCCCCCAUCGAUCUUAGCGACGACCCAAAUAUCAGCCUGCUUCAUCCCGACGAGGUCAGCCUAGCAGCGAAUCUCCGCCUCGACUGCGCCACCUAUCUCACCAGCAAGCGUCGCAUCUUCGUCCGGCGGCUGGAGUGUGCUAGGGUGGGCAAGGAGUUUCGCAAAACGGAUGCUCAGCAAGCUUGCAAGAUCGAUGUGAACAAGGCAUCGAAGCUCUGGACUGCCUUCGACAAAGUUGGCUGGCUGGAUCUGAAGUGGAUGAGUCGAUUCAUCUGA